AUGUUACCCGAGUCACGGCGUCCUGCGAUUGAGCCUGCUGACGUCUUUGAUAAUAGGCCUGGAGACUACCUACAACAUUCAGAUGACGAGAUCGAAGGGUUCAAGGCGAGGUUAAACGAAAGACUUGCGCCGGUUGGUUCACAAUUCACUGGCGAAGGCGUCAAUGAAGAUUGGGAAGUCGGUGACACCCUGGCACAAUGGUGGCGGCCAAACUUCGAGACAUUUAUGUACCCCUUCCUACCGGGGCAUGUUACUCGACCGAAGGAGUGUAAAAAGUUAUAUUUCCUCCAGCUUCCCAAAAAGAAGGUUCUCUCGGUCCCCAAGAACAUGAAAUUACUUGCAGUACCCCUCUUUGAAUUAUACGACAACACCGCGCGUUACGGGCCCCAGCUUUCAGCAAUCCCUCAUCUAUUAUCUCGGUAUAACUUUGAGUUUGUUGAUGAGAACGAUAAUGUUGUGGCUGUUACUCCUGGCCACCAGGCUAGCAAUGGAGUCCAUCCAAAGAGCAAAGUAUUGGCAGGCGGAGAAGACACAGCAAAUGGACAAGACAUCGGGAUGGAUGAAUUCGCUCCAGGCGACCAGGAGUAA